AUGAGCGGUGGCGAACCAACUCCUGGGGACGACUGGAGGGACCUUCACCCUCUGGUUUCACUUGUGGCCGCGGUCUUCUCUGUUUUUGUAUGGACAUUAGCGUGGGCAAGAACGCUUGUAGCUUUCGUUACUAUCAAGAUACCAAUAUUUAUCUAUGCUGUGCUUUCCUAUUCCUUGACCUUGACGAUCAACUUUUAUACUUUACUGGGUAUAAGCAUUGCAGCAGCAAUUUUUUUGUCUUAUUAUAUUCGGUAUCGCUAUCUUAACGACUACGCCGACCUAAAAGAGCCCCCACUAGACAAGCCAAAUGCCACAUCCUUGCACCCAGAUAUUGCUGCCGCAGCCGACGAUCUCGCUGCUCCCAGGUUUAGCAACUACCUCGACGAGUUUCUGCAAGCAAUUCGUGUAUUCGGAUUCCUCGAAAAACCAGUCUUCCAUGAAUUAGCACGACACCUCCAAACACGUAGGCUUAUUGCUGGCGACACUCUGGCACUCGACCAGGAUCUAUCUUUCUACUGCGUGGUGGAUGGCCAUGUUCAGGUUUUCGCUGAAACCGGACGGCACGUGGAUAGCUGGGACGACGACUAUGGCAAUAGCGGUGGAUACCAGCUAUUAAACGAAGUUGGUCCAGGAGGUACACUCUCAAGCUUGUUUACGAUCUUGAGUCUAUUCACCGAAGACGUACGGAUCAGUUGGCAAGAUAAUACAGGGGACCAAUACCCUCAAGAGAACGAAAACAAGGACGUUUCACACUUGGACAUAGCAAACGACACUGGUACAGCACGUCCUAUUCUGCGAAGAGCGUCCCUCUCAUCCUCCGGCUCUACUGCGCUUGCAACUGCGAGUAAUCCUCGGUUCGCAAUGUCUCCAACACGAACCCCACCGGUAGGCGGUGUAAUGACGCCGGGCUCGGAGCGAUCGAGUACAUAUAGACAAGGUGCGCUUCCCUCAGAACCAGGGAGCGAAAUGCAAGACGACUAUGUGUACUCGACUGGGGCGCAAAGCGAACAUAAAGAUCCUCGCAAUCCUAUGCGCCAAGGUACCAUCGCACGCGCUACAGUGGAUACCACUCUUGCCGUAAUCCCAGCUGAAGCAUUCAGAAGGUUGACACACAAAUUUCCCAAGGCCAGCGCUCAUAUCGUUCAAGUUAUAUUAACCCGCUUUUCUCGAGUGACGUUCAACGCAAUGCAUAAGUAUCUCGGAUUGACGGUUGAACUCCUUCGUACCGAAAAGGCUAUAAAUGAACUUGCAUGCCAUCCUUUGCCAAACACAUUCUAUUCUGGAGGUGGAAUGCAGCGUUUGCGCCAACGUUUUGCGGCCGUGCCCCAUGCUGAGGAAGAUGAUGAGCAGGCCGUGCAGACUGAAGAUGAUACAGUAACUGAUUCAGAUGACUACUUUGGAAAGAUUGCUCAUCAUCGAGGAUCAAGCAUCGGGUCUGGUACUAUCUCUGCGGGAAGUAUAAACGUUAACACUCCUCUACCUGAUCGACCGGUAGUCAACCAACACAGACGAGCAAGGUUCCCAGAGAAGGGCGCGACAUUGCAUACUAUAGCUUCCUCCACCUCGAGUCCCCCUAUAAGCCAAACUCCGAGUCAGCCGAGUUCUACAAAUUCUCCGGAGACGCCAUUUAGAGUUUUACAUCCCUCACGCUCCAAUGUCCAAGCGGGUGACCUACACACUAUGGCGGGCCAAAUGAACGAACCAGAAAACUAUCGUCCUGGACCGGCGAGCCGUGCGGUCUCCUACGCUAAGAAUUGGAUCGGCGAUUCAAGAAGGCGCAGCGUCUCCACGCAUGCAGACGAAGGGGCUUCCGCAACCCAGGCAGCUACGACACAGGAUUUUGACCUUCGCGAUGAAGUCAUGUCAAGCAUCGCAAAAUCCAUCGGACUACUUCAGCCUCCACUUUCUGAUUCGACAGGUGCUAGCCCUCUACUCUCUCCUUUGCGGCCAGGAAUGUCCAGGAGCCCAUUCCCGUCAUCUGCUUCCAUGACACCUUCGUCAAGUAAGAACGCAUUGAGGAAUACUGCCAUGUUUGGGAGCGCAUUUAGUAACCUAAGCCACCUCCAAUCUCAAGACGAUGCAUCGAGCGUAACAAGCCUGGCAGGAAUGACUCCAAUGAGCCUCAGUGGGUUGGACAACGAUGUAGAAAUAUUGUUUUUCUCCGCUGGAAGUGCACUUGCUCGUGCUGGAGAGAGAAACGCAGGACUUUUCUAUGUUAUAGAUGGAUUCCUAGACGUAUCGAUACCGCAAGAAGAAUCUACAUAUGGGAAACAUACGAAUCCACCGGGUGGAGUAGCUACAGUGUCGAAGCCACCUAAACGCAAAAACACCACUGCCCGCCCAGAACUUAAAGUUCGGUCGAGUGGACAAGAAAAGUCUGGGACUUCGAAUGUUAGUAUAGAUCAAUCCCUAGGGCGUACAAAUCAAUCCAAGCCAUCAAAGCAUUUAUUCACGGUCAAAACGGGUGGUAUCGCCGGAUACCUUGCAUCACUCACUGGGUCCCCUUCCUACGUUGACAUCAGGGCCAAGACCGACACAUACGUCGGCUUCCUGCCAUCACAUGCCUUGGAGAGACUAUUGGAAAGACGUCCGAUCGUGUUGUUGACUCUAGCAAAACGAUUGAUUUCGCUGCUCUCUCCACUGGUCUUAAACAUCGAUGCUUCCCUGGAUUGGCAACAGGUCGAUGCCGGUCAGGUGCUUUGGAGACCGGGGGAGCCGAGUGAUAGUUUCUAUAUGGUCCUGAAUGGACGUUUACGAGCGUUAACCGAAAAAGAAGAAGGCGUAGACAUUGUCGGAGAGUACGGCCAAGGGGAUACGGUUGGGGAGCUAGAUGUUAUUACAAGCUCUAGUAGACGUACGACACUCCACGCAAUUCGUGAUACCGAGCUUGCUCGCAUGCCAAUGUCUUUAUUCAACGCAAUAUCUAUUCGACACCCUCAAACAACUGUCCAACUGCUGCGAAUGAUCGCCUCCCGAGUACGGAACGAAGUUGACCAAACGUCGAUUAAUCCUCGACAGCAAAUAGGGUCCAAAGAAAUCGGGCGCAACAAUCCAAAUCUCAAGACUGUAUGCAUCCUUCCGUCGACCCGUGAUGUGCCCGUUGUGGUGUUUGCGACCAAGCUUCAAGCCGCACUGGAAGACAUGGGUGCACCGACGUCGUUCCUGACUCAAGCCUCCGUGACACGGCAUCUUGGGCGUCACGCAUUUACGAAGCUCGGCAAGCUCAAGGCCGCGGGGUGGCUCGCUGAACAAGAACAACGGUAUCGGAUUGUGUUGUAUGUUGCGGAUACGCCGGUUGGCUCACCCUGGACGCAGACUUGUAUUCGGCAGGCGGAUAGCAUUAUGGUUAUUGGGAUGGGCGAUGACCCUACAUUGGGCGAGUACGAACGCCUGCUCAUGGGUACCAAGACCACUGCGAGGCUGCCAGGGUCUACUCGUGAAUGGCUUAAAAAUAGACCGUGGGUUCAUGGACACACGCACGUCGAACUGCCAGGACUUAUUCAACCAGAAGUCCAAGAGAUGCAGGACACGGACGCAGCGGCGAUCAUUGCAUUCAACAAGAUCAAGAACAAAGUUCAACUCGAAAUUCAAAAAUACACGCGAUCGCAGGUGAAUACUCGCCCACACCGCCCAAAGCAUUUUAGCGAUUUUUCUCGCCUCGCGCGUCGCUUGUGCGGAAAAUCCGUUGGGCUGGUUCUUGGUGGCGGAGGGGCCAGGGGUAUUGCCCACUUGGGUGUCAUUCGUGCUCUCGAGGACAGGGGAAUUCCGAUUGACCACAUUGGCGGGACGAGCAUUGGUGCCUUUAUCGGCGGACUAUAUGCACGAGAGGGCGACAUUCUCUCAAGUGCUCUUCGAGCAAAACAGUUCAGUGGACGAAUGUCUAGUGUAUGGAGAAUUCUUUCGGACGUUACUUGGCCUGUCGUUGCAUACACUACCGGCCACUUUUUCAAUCGCGGGAUCUACAAGGCGUUUUCAAACUUGCAUAUCGAAGACAUGUGGCUGCCAUUCUUCUGCAACACAACAAAUAUUAUUACUUCCCGAAUGGACAUACACGACACUGGUUAUGCGUGGAGGUAUAUCCGUGCAUCGAUGACCUUGGUUGGCCUCCUUCCCCCGUUAUGUGAUAAUGGUACCUUGCUCGUUGACGGAGGGUACGUUGACAACUUACCGGUCUCGACCAUGCUCUCGCAUGGUGCCAGUAUAGUGUUCGCAGUUGACGUAGGCUCCUUGUACGACAACUCUCCGCGCAAUUACGGAGAUACAGUUUCUGGUUGGUGGGUCGUGCUCAACCGAUGGAACCCAUUCAGCUCGACAAGGAAUAUACCUGAUAUCACGGACAUCCAAGGGAGGCUUACAUACGUCUCGAGCGUUCCGACGCUAGAAGAAGCCAAGAUCACACCCGGAUGCUUCUACAUGCAGAUGCCGGUUCAUGAGUUUGGAACACUCCAAUUCGGACGGUAUGAUGAGAUUUACCAGGUGGGAUACAGUGCGGCCGUGGAUAUGCUCGAUCAAUGGGAUGCCGAGAACCGUUUGCCAUCGCGGUACGUCACGAGUGGGGACGACGUGCGUGGUUUGGGAAAGGCUGGGAAAAAGAGCAAGGGCCGAAGUCUGAGAAGGAACAGCGGACUGCGAACAUCCAAGACUAGUCAAAGUGUAUUGUAUGGAGCGGCACCGAUGUUGAAUCGGAUCGACGAGGCGGGCGUCGGGAAUGGAGAACAGGCACCGGGGGCCGGACCCUCAAAGAGGAGGUUCGGCUUGGAUAAGCAACGUUCAGUGUCGACUUCAUCAGUUCCCGACUCGCCUCCGAUGGUCGAGGUGCUACCGCUAACGCCAACCACACCACCGCAAACAAGACACCAUCCGUAUGCAGAUGCCCAGUCCAGCGACAGCAACACUAGCGAUGGGGAAGAGAGCGAAGAGGAGAAUGGAGUUCAGCCCCCUCGUGUUGUUAUAGAUGGGAUUGAGAGCGAGUCAGGCAGCUUGAACACACGGUCCGUGUCCAUGUCACCGCGGUCUAAUCGGACGACAAAAACGUCGGCCACGGACGAGAGCACAGCACAGAUUGUUCGGGCCCACCGAAUACAGAGAGCCCGUGCGCACUCGCACUCGAUAGAUGAGAUUAGACAGCUUCUUUCUCCCCCACCCGACUCCAACUUUCAUCGCCCGCUUCCUCCGCCACUGCAGAUUAUUCAACCAUCCGCAUCGGGCAAUAAUAGCACAUUGCGACUUCCUUCCAACGAAGCAUCCGGCCCGAGUAUUCUAUGUCCAGGUACACCCGGCUCGGUCUCCCAAUUCACUCCUCGAUCGAUCUCUCCUGUUUCACCCAACCCCCCGCCAGCUCUGCCCCCUCGCUCGACCGCUCGUCGUCGACCACGGAUGAUUGUCAGAGACAUGGGCUCGUUGCUCGAACAUAUCAAUGAAGAUGAAUCGGAUACUCACGGUCGCCUCAACUCGCUCGUUCGCACGACCAGGAGCGUCAGUUUGCCGGGCAUCGCACGCCAAUCUUUAGACUCUGAUUCGAAUGCGGUCUCGCUCCCGCCCCCUCCGCGUCCCCGCAACCGCGCUCUCGUUAGAACCGUUUCUGCCGCGGUUCAUACACAUACGCUGUCCGAAACGCCGGUAGAUCUACAUUCUGUCUCAAUACAAAGGUCGGAGACUCUCCCGACUCCAACCGUUCUCCUUCAGCCCCCACCUCGUCGCUCGAGUUUGUCUGGGAUCCAGGAAUCACCUCCGCCAACUCCACCUCCCAAGGACAACAAACACACGCCCACCCUGAGGAUCCCGUCUCCCCCUCGUCGCCAGUCCCUGGAUCAUCACAGGUCAAGUUUGUAUUCUCUCCCAUUGAGUCCUGUAGGGAUUCCGCUCCCGCCUUCCACGGCUACACCCAACUUUCCCCAGUCCCCCCAAUCUACCGUGUUCUAUACGACCAAGGCCGAGUCUCCCCCAACAACGCCCCAACGAGUUUCCUUCCUUCCAUCGUGCAAAGCAACAAGUGUGCAUUCGAGCGCCAUCCGGGAAGACUGGCCGUCCCCCCGCCCAAGCGAAGACCGCUCCAACCGCCUGUCCACGCUCUCCAAUCCGUUUGGCGACUUUUCGUUUCUGCGUCCGCUUGCCAACAACCGUGUCUCCGGUAUUUCCUUUUCGUCCAACGUCAGCGGCUCCAGCGCGCGUAGCGUAACCGAGGCCGAGAGUAUUCCCAUUGGGCUGCACCGCGCGACGAGCCAGGACGACGAUCGUGACGACCUUUUACUACCCGUUUCGCCCCGAUCGAGUUGGCUGCGCCCCGGGUUCGAGGUCGACGUACAUCUCCCGGGGGCCUACGGAGACGAAGAAGACGACGAGAGUGUGACGGAAGAGUCGUCUGAAAAAAGCAGCGUCAACGGCCGGGAACGUUCAAAAUCGGUCACGCUUCCAUACGUUCCAAGUGCGUCGUUCAAAAAGGCGGCUCGGGUCCUAGGUAUUUCAGGGGGCUCGCUUUUAUAUCAGCACGUUCACGACCCCCUCUUCUCCUCACCUUCUCCAAUGUCCUCCUCCCCGGAAAACCCUACCCCAAUCACCACAGCCGGCGCGGACCCAACCCAACAAUCGUUUUUACCUUCGACCGCCCCACCAAGCGCGUUUUCGAUGAGCAACCUUGGCAGACGACUGAGCAAACGAUCUUCCCCGUCCUCUGAGCGUCGUCGUUCCGAGGAUGUUCCGCGAGCCUCAUCUCAAGGUUCGAGCGGCUUGAUGGCACGUAUGGAUAGGUUUAUGGGCCGUACGCCCAGUCCCGCCGGACGAACGCGCGAGCUCGAGUCGGAAGACGAGCUACAUUCACCACCUCCCAUCCUCACGUUUCCCAAGCCGACCCAUGGACAUGGACGAAAACACUCGAGUUCGGACCCUUCUGCUGGCCUGGCCUCGAUGUCGUUGACCGGUCGUCCGUCGACUUCGAAUAUGCGCACGGCUGCGGAGCGAGCCGAAUUGGUCAAAAAGACGCGCAAGAUCCAGCAAAUGUUGGGCGAUGUGCCUCCUGUGUCAGGAACAGCCGGCUCUGCGUUUUACCGGGUGUCUCGAGCGGCCAGGAGCGAGGAUUCGCUUGUGACUCCUACCUCUGCACGGGGAGAGGCCAUCCUGAUUGGCGGAUCGUCUGAUGUAAAAGGGCAUCGGUCGACAGCGUCGUUGUCUUCGCGACCGCUUCUGGCGCUAUCGCCUGCCCUUCAAACGGACGGGUGCUUGGAUAUCAGGACUUCUGGGAGCGGAGAUGACUUUAGGGUGGCGCUGACCGAGACUACUGCAAGACCCGAAACGGACGACGUCGAUCUAGAAGAGCCCGAAAGGGACGAAGAAGUGGACGAAGCUGCGCUCUCGAGACGGGCGAAACGUGCCAAGGUGGCCAAGUUGAAUCGAUACCUCGGGUCCCGCGUCCCCGCUCAUCUCGUGCUGGGAAUGAAUCAGGAGACUUGGGAUUACGAGCAAGGUCUUCCCCGAGCGCGAUCCGAAGACGAAGAGUCCGGGAGUGUGUUUGGCGGGAAGAAGAAGCGACGGGCGAGCGAUGGGGAUUAUUCGUUGCUCGAAGAGGGGAUAAACGACUUGAGCGUCAUGAGCAGCGAGGAAAAGGCUAGGGCCGUGAAGAGAAAUGUCAAGAUGGAAAAGAUGUUUGGUGAACGUCCGCCCCAAAAGUUGUACCAGCUUCCAAGUGGGGCCGAUGGUCCGUCCAAGUCUGUAUCUGAUCACGAAUCCGAGCCAGAAGACGCAGAAGACGAGGAAGACGAUAAGCCCCUUGAGGGUACUCGAGGUGGCGCGCACUACCAAAGCUACCGUGCCUCGUUUAAUUCGCUCGCCUAUUUUGUGAGCAACGCGGACCGUGACUCACUCGAAGGUCUCUACGAUAUUAUCAGUGGCCCGUCUGAAUCCGAUUCUGCAGCCCAGCGCAACCAAUUUGCCGCUCGCCGAAAACGCGCGGCCAAGUUGAGUAACUUUUUCGGCGUAAGCUAUCGGGAUCUGUUUGGCGCCGUAUUGGACAUUCUUGAGAGUGAUGUCAAGGAAGAUAAGGAGGAAGGAAGCUUGAGCGCGGCUGAGACGCAAGACUUGUUGAGAAAGUUGAAGAGUUUGAAGGACAAGGGGCAGGACAUAAGCGUCUAG